AUGGAGUUGCUCUGCAGUCUUCACGGCUGGAAAAUCCGAGAUUCUCCAAGAAGAGUCAUUGAUGCUGUCUUGUUCAGCAACGAGAUUGAUAUGCUGAGCAUCCGUUGGAAGGAGUUAGAUCCUUACAUCACGCAGUUUGUGCUUCUCGAAUCAAACUCCACUUUCACGGGACUCUCAAAACCCUUGGCUUUCGCAGAUAACCGGCACGAGAGGUUCAAAUUUGCAGAGUCAAGGCUGGCAUAUGGGAACGUAGGAGGAGGAAGAAGGUUCAAGAAAGGAGAGAACCCGUUUGUGGAAGAAUCAUUCCAAAGGCUCGCACUGGACCAGUUGAUCAAGCUCGCGGGUGUAAAAGAAGAUGAUCUUUUGAUCAUGUCGGAUGUGGACGAGAUCCCAAGCGGUCAUACCAUAAAUUUGCUGAGAUGGUGUGAGGGAUAUCCACCGGUCCUCCACCUUCAGCUGAGAAACUACCUCUACUCGUAUGAGUACUAUGUCGAUAACAAAAGCUGGAGAGCUUCCAUCCAUCUCUACAAGCCUGGGAAGACCAGGUACGCUCAUUUCAGGCAGAGCGACAGUCUUCUGACAGAUUCAGGCUGGCAUUGCAGCUUCUGUUUCAGACACAUCAAAGAUUUCGUGUUCAAGAUGAAAGCCUACAGCCAUACUGACCGUGUUAGAUUCUUACAUUACCUAAACCCGGAACGGAUACAAGAUGUGAUAUGCAAAGGAAAUGAUCUUUUUGAUAUGUUUCCGGAAGAACACACUUUCAGAGAGAUAAUAGGGAAACUAGGUCCGAUACCGAGGUCUUACUCAGCUGUUCACCUCCCUGGAUAUCUGAUCCAGAACGCUGACAGUUACAAGUACUUGUUACCUGGGAACUGCAUUAGAGAAACUGACUUAUAG